CAAAAACUUGCUCAGGAAAUUCAAGAAGUGACUAGCUUGUUACAGUCUUCUAUUGAUGGCUGCCAAUACAAGAAUCACUUGGGACUUGAUGUUGAGAAAAGCAAGACCUGGGCAACAGUGUUGCUAAAGAAGUUGAGAUUCUUGCAAACAUGGCUGGAAAAAAUGGAGACGAUGAUGAAAUUUUACACAAAUUGAAACAGUUCAAAGAUAGCACCCAGAAUUUUGGUGAUUUAAUAAAAAAGGCCAUAGUGACAGCAGAAGAGAAAGGCAAAGAGGCAGAGGUUUCAAGGCAGUUGAUUCAGUCAGCACCUCAGCUAGCUCAGCCACAAAAAACAGCUGUAGAGGUGCAGCCAACAGCAGCUGAUGCAUCUCAUACUGAAGAAAAAGUCUUAGUGGAGGUGACAAAAGAGUUUGAGAAGAGGAAAGAGCUUAUUGUGCAAAUUAACAGCAAACUCGAGCCAUUCAUUAAAAACAAAGACCAGCAGAUGAAGAAAUUUCGCUUUGAGCUACAAAAAGCAGUCAACACACCUGUGAAUGCUAUAUCUCCAGUGAGCAGAGCUCAUCUUUUGGACAUACUUAAGCGACUACAGACACUGCUUAGAGGCCAAGUAGUUCAUGUUUCAGACAAGUCAAUAUCAGCCUGUUCAGUACCAGAAGGCAUUGAUUUCUGCAAAAAUCUUGUUGCAAGGAUGAUAGCUCGCAAGGCAGAAGAACAAGUGUCAUCAAACCAUGAGUCAGCAUUUGCUAUCGCAGCCAUUGCUGUAGGUUUGUGGGCAGAAUUCACGGAAGUUGGGGAGCUGUUAAUGAGUCACCUGCAGGAAUUGUGUCCAUAUGUAAUACCAUAUUACCAACCUCGCCUUCCAGGACAAUCAUCAGCAGACUAUCAUAGGGCUCUUGGCUACAAGGUAGAUGAAGAUGGUACAAUAGAACAACAGGACAAGUUCCUCAAACGGAUGUCAGGAGUUAUACGCCUUUAUGCUGCUAUCCUAAUCACCUCCCCACCCCAAAAGGUUCCUCACCCUCACGGACUUGAGUAUGCAUGGAUCUGGCUUAGUCGGGCGCUAAACCUUCAUCCUAACCCAGACAUAACUGCUACUGCCAUCUAUGACAUUCUGCAGGUGACAGGUCAUGCACUGCUGAAGGCCUACCGUGUACAGUUUGUCAAGUUGUUGUACUUCAUUCUCAAGUCAUAUUUGCCCAAACUGAAGGAUGUAGCUGCCAACAGUGGUCCUGUUAGCCGUUUGGAGAUAUUCUUGGAAACAACAAUGAAAAAUAGUGGGAUGAUUGCCUUACCAGAAGGGUACAUACCACCAGAAUUUUGGAACUAGGAAAGGCACAGUUUGCCUGUGCACAUCUGAAAUUUAGGGUGUCAAUCUUGGGUGUACUUACUCUGCAAACAGCCCUAGUUCUGUUGGGUUUUUCAUACCUGAUACAUUAAACAGAAUUAAAUAUAUCAGAGGUGGCAUAGACAUUUGCACAAAAUGCCACAACACAGCUUUCUCUGACAAGUAGUAGUUCUGGAAGAACCAUAAUGUAUUAAGUAUGCUUUACGCUAGAGCAGAAGUGAUGGGUUCAAGACCCAGUCUGGCUACCUUUUUUUACAGAAGGUAAACAAUGGAAGGAGGUUGGACUCCACAUGCAUGCAUUGGACACUGGAUUUUUCACUGUUCCUUUCAGAAGUAGGAUAUAGAACUUUUACUUUUUGAAGAACCUUUUAACUUAAAAUAGCAAAUUUGAGCUACUUGUUUAUUAAUUUAUAUUGAUGCAGUUUGUACAGACAUGACAUGGCUGCAUUCAUGUUUAAGAUUUUUAACAAUGUCACUUGUGAUUAUAUGUCUAAAUUGCAUCGGUGUGAAUCUUCAUACUUCACUGUGAUAGUGAAGAUAGGAGAUGCAAGACGGGACUAUAUUUUUGUGAGACGCUAUAAAAAUAAACAUAUAAAGAAAUUA